AUGGACAUGUGUAAGCAUUCUACUAUCAAAUUUAUCUGUGAAUAUUUCGUUGACGUAGCGUUCAAGCGUCUCAAGGGCAGUCAACGUCAGUGGUACGAAUUCGACGAGGCUUCCAUGACUAUCCGUGUCUUCCGUACUGAGGAGGAAGCGAACACUGUUAACAAAGAACCACUCAGGGUGAUAAACGUGCUGAACGCCGUCUUCAACAUCGAUCCGUCCGAGUUGAACCAAUUCGUUAUCACGUAA